AUGGCGGAAGAUGGGCAGAAAGAAAUCCAAAACUCAACUCAUCCGAGGAGCUAUUACAGGUGUACGCACAAAUCAGACCAAGGCUGCAACGCCAAGAGGCAAGCCCAGAUCUGCGAGACCCAUCCAAUCAAGUACGACAUCACGUACUACGGCGAGCACACCUGCAAGCCUCCCUCCAAUACCCCAAUGAUCAUUGUCGCUGCGAGCGACGACCGUGCAGAAAACCUCGUCAGUUUUGCCCCGACGUUUCCUCAUUUGGCCCCGGGCAGUGCACCAGCGUUGACGACGUGUUCAGCUCCUCGUCCGAUCCAUUCUUGCAGGCGGACGAGCUCGCCGCCUUCGUGGGAUCGGCCGGGAGGACGUCCUCGAUGGUGGGGUCGGUGCCGGACCACAGCGGGAGUGGGAUAG